GAUGUGAUGGUGGUUGUUGUUGUUGUAGGGGAGUCUGGGCUGGGCAAGUCAACCCUCAUCAACAGUCUGUUCCUCACAGACCUCUACCCAGAGAGAACCAUUCCAUCUGCUGCAGAGAAGAUUUCUCGCACGGUGGAGAUUGAGGCGUCCACGGUGGAGAUUGAGGAGCGUGGGGUGAAGCUGAGGCUCACCGUGGUGGACACGCCGGGCUUCGGAGACCCCAUCAACAGCGCAGACUGUUUCCGCCCCAUCCUGCAGUACAUUGACUCUCAGUACGAGAGAUAUCUCCACGAUGAGAGUGGCCUGAACCGCAGACACAUCCUGGACUACCGAGUUCACUGCUGCUUCUACUUCAUCUCGCCCUUCGGACACGGGUUGAAGCCGCUCGAUGUGGAGUUCAUGCGAGCUCUCAGCUCCAAGGUCAACAUCGUGCCGGUCAUCGCUAAAGCCGACUCGCUCACAGCCAGCGAACGCCUGCGUAUGAAGACUCGGGUGCUGGAGGAGCUGGAGGAGAAUGGCAUCAGGAUUUAUCAGCUGCCUGAUGCUGAAUCCGAUGAGGAUGAAGAUUUCAAAGAGCAGACGAGGAUCCUGAAGGCCAGCGUGCCCUUCUCAGUCGUGGGCUCUAAUCAGCUGAUCGAGGUUCGGGGCCGGCGAGUUCGAGGCCGUCUCUACCCCUGGGGGGUCGUGGAAGUGGAACACCCAGAGCACAACGACUUCCUGAAGCUCCGCACUAUGCUGAUAACUCACAUGCAAGACCUGCAGGAGGUCACUCAGGACCUGCACUAUGAAAACUUCCGCUCCACUCGCCUGAAACAUGCCAGCAGGGGAGGGGGCCAGGAGGUGGGGGAUGACGAGGAGAGGGACAAAAUCCUGCGGGAGAAGGAGGCCGAGCUGAAACGAAUGCAGGAAAUGAUCACGAAGAUGCAGAUCCAGAUGCAGAUGCAGGGCCACCAGGGGGAGUGAGACAUCACUCACUCACUCGCUCACUCAGUCACUCGCUCAGUCACUCGCUCACCACACACUCACUCGCUCACUCAGUCACUCGCUCACUCAGUCACUCGCUCACUCAGUCACUCGCUCACUCAGU